GGCCGCCCCAUCAAACAAAAAAAAAUGUCAAGAAAGUAUGCCAAAUGGUGUUAUUAGUUGUUUAAAAACAUUAUAUAAAAACCAACCAAGCCACAAAUAAAAAUUGCAAGUGUAUAAAGUUGGAAUAUCAACUCCACAAUGAACAUUUUGAAGAGAAGCCGUGUGCUGAAUCGAAAUUGUUUGCGGGAAAAGAUUCAGAGCCUUUCGCCUCUCCUGCGGACCUUUGACUUUGGACCUCCGAACAAGGACUCUGUAUUCAAGGCCACUUGGAGCUACUAUGCCAGCGACUGUCAGGAGCGACUGUCGAACAUUCGCAGGCGCAUUGAACAGAACGCUAGAAUAAUGGCUCCAAAAAAGGGACCCCUUUCUAUGGACUUGGAGCUACCCUUUAAUGAGAGCCAGUUGCCGCCAGGACUAGAUUGGGAUGAGCACAUCUACCAGGAAUUGAUGUCCUGUUUUAGAAAUGCAGAAAGCACAGAGUCAAUAAAGAAAACCCCGGUGAAACGCUCGAAAGUCCAAAGGUCUUUCGAUAUGGGCAAGUUUUCCACUCCAGAACAAUGGAUUUCCUGGAAGCGUGAGGAACAGCAGGUGCACCAGUUGCUAAAAAAGUCCUACGAUCCCUACUUGAAAGAGGAAAUGUCCAAGAAGCUAGAACAUUUACAAAAGCUCGCAAAGCGACGACCUUUGGUAGUGCUUCCAAAUCAGGAAGAAACAAUCGAAAAACCAAAGAAAUCACUGCCAAAGAAAAGAAAAUUACGCCAAAAGUACAAGAAUAAAUCAAAGUCAGAGAUACACCAUGCUAUAAAAAACAACACGAAAAUGGAAGAUAAAUAUAAAACCUCUAUGAUUUCAACAAACAUCCCCACGAACUUAGCAGUUAUAAAUUCAAGAAAAGACCUCUCAAAGUCAGAAACUGAAAAUAAUUACUCUAUAAACUCAAGAAAUAACGCAAAUCACCUCGCAGAUAUAUACAAACCCUCGUCAGCUAGUUUGAUUAAAAAAGGUAGCACAAAAAUAGAAGAUAAUUAUAAAACCUCUUUGAAUUCAAAAAAUUCCAUAAAGAAUAUAUCAGUUAUACCUUCACGGAAAAACCUUUUGAAAUCGGCUAGUAAAAGUAAAUUCACUUCUGCUAAUUUGACAAUGAGCAGAUUUUUCGCAGAACAUCCGAGUUUGGAAAGUAUCCCUAGCUCAAGACGUUCUACUUAUACUAUUCGUCCAAUACGAAGACGUAUACAAAAAACCAGUGAAAGUAGCGAUGAAGAAGAUGGAAUAUACGGCAUUGAUGAUGAAAGGGAUUCCCCACUGUUAGAACUCAAAAGAAUAAAAUCAAUAACUUCGCAGAUUAUCCAAAAAGAUCGAAACUCAAAAACAUCAACGACAAUGAAAAAAAGGAAAACUAAAUACCGAAAACCUCAAGAGCUGAAAAAGAUGCUAUAUCUAAAGGAUUAUGAAGGUUCUAACGAUAUGCCUUCGUUAAGUGAGCCCUUACAGAACAAUAGCGAAGUUAAUUCGAAAAAUGAAAACAUGACAAUAGCUGAAAACCCAAAAUCCGAGGAGACCCUGCAAAUAGACGAAAUUCAGUUAUUCAAGAUCUCAAAAGGCGAACAAAAUACUGAAGAACGAAGACAGAGUUUUAUUUCUAAAGGAAAGUCCCCCUCUUCGACCAAGUUUCGAUCUGCAAGCCAUCAAUACAUCCACGAAAUGUUGAAAGGUCUAAACAAAAGUAAUACAUCGCUUUUCGGGGGCUUUAAGGAUAAAAAUUCCAGUUCAAUCUUAUCACUUUACAGGGGCCAAAUAGCAAAUCAGAAAAAAAAAAGCGUGAAUAGUGGCGGUUGGUCAAUAAAUAUAAAACCACAUUCAAUUGUUAAGCCAAUGGCUCCAAAAAAUUUUAUAUUUAAAAAGAAAGCACUCCCUGAAAAGGUUUUAAAAAGUGAUGAAUUCGAACCACCCGAAAACCCUGAAAAUCAAAGUGUUCGUGGAACCAUUUUAGAUCUAUUACACAAAAAGACACCGGAAAGUCUAUUUCGUUCCAAAAAUGAUUCUGAAGAUGAAAUGCACUUGAAUAUAGAAUCAAAACCUAUAGUAAUUGCCGAUAUAAUAUCUCAGUUUUUGGACUCUUAUGGCUCUGAAAUAAGUUUUAAUCAAUCUUAUCCUGAUUUGUUUAAAUCCAAUGUGUAUGAACAGUUUUCCGUGAUGAGUGUUAUUGACAAGGAAAAACCCAAGGAGAAAAAGAAACGCGAGGUAAAGAAAGUAAUAGAAGUGAAGAAAAUGCCAUCGAAGCACAUUGUCUGUUCCUUGUGCAAUUUGGUUAGGAGGAGACAAUCUGAACUGCGACCUUAUAUGCAAAGGAUGCAGAAACAACGCCAGCGAUUGGAACAAAAGACCUACUAUGCCCAGAAUUUAUCGAAAUGUCGGCGGGACCCAAAACAGUGUGCCCUGGAGAAAGAGAAGAGAGCCCAUAUCCGCAAGGUUCUAACUAAAUGUUAUAAAGCCCUGGAUCUUUGCCACCAGAUUGUGGAACAAAAGAUAUUAAAGAAAUCUGAGGGAUGUUAGCUGGGAUGAAGGAUUAAAAUAUUUAAGUUCUGGAAAGUGAUGAGAAAGAAUAACAAAUUGGUUAUGGAAUAAUACUAAGAUUUACUUAAGAAAUAUUCAAAUGUUGGUACGUGAUGUACUUGGCCUCUAAACAUAUUUAU